UAAGGCGGGGGGGAACUGGAAACACCGCGCAGAUGGAGAGCGGCACUUUCCUCCGCCGCCAAGCAAACUAAUUAGCUAAGGCAGCCCCCGAGGGAGGAAAAUUUUUUCUCAAGUUUCCCAUUGUUUACGCUUUUUCUAAAAACGGCGUCGUGCCGGGGCGUAGGAUAGGAAAGUUGGUAGCUGGUGGAAACUCCCUCUCCAAGGAGGUGGCUGUUUACGGCUCUGUGGUGACGAGCGGUGGUUUCCCGACCCUGCUCCUGCGGCAGGGGAAUAGCCGCUCUCGGGGGCUAGCAGGCAGGCAAGUAUGCAUAUAUUGCAUUGCGUUCAUUGCAUGUAUUGCACUGCAUGCAUUGCUUUGGGUGUACUGCAUGCACUGCAUGUACUGCACUCGUUGCAUUGCGCUGCCUGCGCUGCACGCAUUGCCCGCCCGGCCGUGCUGCAGCCUACUUGACGUGCGCCGCUGCCAAUGGGCGCCGCCCCCGGGGGCGGUGCUGGCAGCCGAUUGGUUGGCAGGAGCCGGGCGCUGCGCAAAAACGGCGGAGCGGAGCGCUGCUGGCUCAGAAACUGCCGGCAGAGAUCAGAGGAGCAGGGGACGGAGCCGGAGCUGGAGCCGGGACGGGAGGAGAGCGGCGGCGGCGGCAGCAGCAGCAGCAAGCAGAGACAGACAGACAGACAGAGAGGGGUUAGACGCAAAAGCAGCGAGAGAGGAGGAAAAAAACUGAUCGGCACAUCCGUAAAAAGCAGGGUGGUGGUGAUGAUGAUGAUGAGCGUAAUGAUAGCAAUAAAAGAAGAAAAUGAAAGACUGUUGAUAGAAGAGAGAAAAAUCUAAGACCUUUAAAUAAAAAGAGGAGACCCCGAGAAAUCAGGGAAUGAAAGUUUUGGGUAGCGAAGCUGUUCUCUGCCUUUUUUGAUAUGAAAUCUUUUUGCGGGUCUUAAUUUUUUUUUUUUUUGUCGCGGUUUCCUGCCUUUUUCUUGCAUCUCGAGAGGGCAUGUCCACCGGCUCUUCCAGCAGCAUCUACCCCUCCAGCUCCCACCAGGAAGACAAACCGAGGACAAUCUUGAAAUAUAAAAAUUUCCUCCUUGGGAUUUGCUGCUGCUGCUGCUGCCUCCGCCGCUGCUGCUGCUGCCGCGGUGCAGUUUCAAGACUCUCGGAAUAAAUAAAAACGGACUACUGUUUAUCUAUAGAUACAGCCAGCUAAUAGCUAUUAUUAGUUGGCCGUUUAUUCCGAAGAUCACAGAUGAAGUGGGGACGCCUGCCUUCUUCAUUUGGUCAGCGUGUGAAACAAUAAUACUCCUAACAAAUAGGAGGGAGAUGGGGGAGAAAAAGAUCUUAACAUGAAUCAGAAGAAAUAAUACCUAGCGUAUCCCCCCUCUAAACCAAACCCCCCUUUCCUUUCCCCCUCCCCCGAUCCCUCUCUCUCUCUCCCCGCACGCUCGGAGGCGCGGACACGCACAGACACACUCACACACACACACAGACACACAGGCAAAGGCGCACACACUGCGCUGUGUGCUUUCGGAGGAGGAGGUGGUGGUUUUCGGAAGAGGAGGAAGAGGUGGUGUCGGGGAGGGGGGCUCUCUUUCCCCGCUUGGAGAUGGUCGUGCUAUUCCUCCUCGCCUUGCUCUGGAUGGUGGAGGGGGCCCUUUGCCAGCUCCAUUACACGGUGCAGGAGGAGCAGGAGCAUGGCACGUUCGUGGGGAAUAUCGCCGAGGACCUGGGCUUGGACAUUACAAAACUUUCGGCUCGCCGCUUCCAGACGGCGCCCAACUCCCGCAGCCCUUACCUGGAGCUCAACCUGGAGACCGGGGUGCUCUACGUGAACGAGAAGAUCGACCGGGAGCAGAUCUGCAAGCAGAGCCCCUCUUGCCUGCUGCACCUGGAGGUCUUCCUGGAGAACCCCCUGGAGCUGUUCCGGGUGGAGAUUGAGGUGCUGGACAUCAACGACAACCCGCCCUCCUUCCCGGAGCCCGACCUCACGGUGGAGAUCUCGGAGAGCGCCACGCCGGGCACCCGCUUCCCUCUGGAGAGCGCCUUCGACCCCGACGUGGGCACCAACUCGCUGCGCACCUACGAGAUCACCCCCAACAGCUACUUCUCCCUCGACGUGCAGACGCAGGGCGACGGCAACCGCUUCGCCGAGCUGGUGCUGGACCAGCCGCUGGACCGCGAGCAGCAAGCCGUGCACCGCUACGUGCUGACGGCGGUGGACGGCGGGCAGCCCCAGCAGCGCACCGGCACCGCCCUGCUCACCGUGCGGGUGCUGGACUCCAACGACAACGUCCCCGCCUUCGAGCAGCCCGUCUACACGGUGUCGCUGCCCGAGAACUCGCCGCCCGGCACCCUGGUGCUGCAGCUCAACGCCAGCGACCCCGACGAGGGGCAGAACGGCGAGGUCAUCUACUCCUUCAGCAGCCACAUCUCGGCCCGCGCCCGGGAGCUCUUCGGCAUCGCGCCGCGCACCGGGCGGCUGGAGGUGAGCGGCGAGCUGGACUACGAGGAGAGCAGCGUGUACCAGGUGUACGUGCAAGCCAAGGACCUGGGGCCCAACGCCGUGCCGGCGCACUGCAAGGUGCUGGUGCGGGUGCUGGACGCCAACGACAACGCGCCCGAGAUCAGCUUCUCCACCGUCAAGGAGGCGGUGAGCGAGGCGGCGGCGCCGGGCACCGUGGUGGCCCUCUUCAGCGUGUCGGACCGCGACUCGGAGGAGAACGGGCAGGUGCAGUGCGAGCUGCUGCAGGGCGACGCGCCCUUCCGCCUCAAGAGCUCCUUCAAGAACUACUACACCAUCGUCACCGAGGGGCCGCUCGACCGCGAGCAGCCGGGCGGCGACGCCUACACGCUGACGGUGGUGGCUCGGGACGGCGGCCGGCCGCCGCUCAGCACCAGCAAGUCCAUCCAGGUGCGGGUGAGCGACGUGAACGACAACGCGCCGCGCUUCUCGCAGCCCGUCUACCAGGUCUUCGUCAGCGAGAACAACGUGCCCGGCGCCUACAUCUACGCCGUCAGCGCCACCGACCGCGACCAGGGCGCCAACGCGCGGCUCGCCUACUCCAUCCUGGAGAGCCAGAUCCAGGGCAUGUCCGUCUUCACCUACGUCUCCAUCAACGCCGAGAACGGCUUCCUCUACGCGCUGCGCUCCUUCGACUACGAGCAGCUCAAGGAGUUCAGCUUCCAGGUGGAGGCCCGCGACGCCGGCGAGGAGCCGCGCCCGCUGGCCGCCAACGCCACCGUCAACAUCGUGGUGGUGGACCAGAACGACAACGCGCCCGCCAUCGUCAGCCCCGUGCCGGGCCGCAACGGCACCCCGGCGAGGGAGCUGCUGCCCCGCGGCGCCGAGCCGGGCUACCUGGUGAGCCGGGUGGCCGCCGUGGACGCCGACGACGGCGACAACGCGCGCCUCACCUACAGCAUCGCGCGGGGCAACGAGGCCAGCCUCUUCCGCAUGGACUGGCGCAGCGGCGAGCUCCGCACGGCGCGCAGGGUGCCGGCCAAGCGCGACUCGCAGCGCCCCUACGAGCUGCUCGUCGAGGUGCGCGACCACGGGCAGCCGCCGCUCUCCUCCACCGCCGCCAUCCAGGUGGUGCUGGUGGACGGCGCGGCCGAGCGGCCCGGCGGCGCCGGCGGCGGCGGUGGGCAGGGAGCCGGGGCGGGCGCGGGGGGCGGCGGGGCAGGCGGCGAGCACCGUCCCAGCCGCUCCGGGGGGGACGCGUCGCUCGACCUCACCCUCAUUCUCAUCAUCGCGCUGGGCUCCGUGUCCUUCGUCUUCCUGCUGGCCAUGAUCGUGCUGGCCGUGCGCUGCCAGAAGGAGAAGAAGCUCAACAUCUACACGUGCCUGGCCAGCGACUGCUGCCUGGGCUGCUGCUGCUGUUGCCCCUGCUGCAGCCGCCAGGCGCGGGCCCGCAAGAAGAAGCUCAGCAAGUCGGACAUCAUGCUGGUGCAGAGCUCCAACGUGCCCAGCAACCCGGCGCAGGUGCCGGCCGAGGAGGCGGGCAGCUUCGGCUCCCACCACCACAACCAGAACUACUGCUACCAGGUCUGCCUCACCCCCGAGUCCGCCAAGACCGACCUGAUGUUCCUCAAGCCCUGCAGCCCCUCCCGCAGCACCGACGCCGAGCACAACCCCUGCGGGGCCAUCGUCACCGGCUACGCCGACCAGCAGCCCGACAUCAUCUCCAACGGCAGCAUCCUCUCCAGCGAGACGAAACAUCAGCGUGCUGAGCUCAGUUAUCUAGUUGAUAGACCCCGACGGGUAAACAGUUCUGCAUUCCAGGAAGCAGACAUAGUAAGCUCUAAGGACAGUGGUCAUGGAGACAGUGAGCAAGGAGACAGUGAUCAUGAUGCCACUAAUCGAGGUCAAUCCUCUGGCAUGGAUCUCUUCUCCAAUUGCACAGAGGAAUGUAAAGCACUGGGCCACUCAGAUCGGUGCUGGAUGCCUUCCUUUGUCCCAUCUGAUGGACGCCAAGCUGCAGAUUACCGCAGCAAUCUGCACGUACCUGGCAUGGACUCCGUUCCAGACACUGAAGUGUUUGAAACACCAGAAGCCCAGCCGGGGGCAGAAAGGUCCUUCUCCACCUUCGGCAAAGAGAAGGCCCUUCACAACACUCUGGAGAGGAAGGAGUUGGAUGGACUGCUGUCUAAUACACGAGCGCCUUACAAACCACCAUAUUUGAUGGGGAAGAUACCUGAUGCAUCUAGCCACUUCCCACUGAAAUUGAAUCAUUCAGCAUCUCCAUGUAUUUCAUCUGUCAUGCUACUAGGUGCCUAUCUGCAAUGAUAGGUAUGUAAAUGCCUUUAAACAUUAGCCUUUUGUAUUUGCCUCUUCCUUGAAGCGUAUGUGAUACAAAUGUCUAAGGACUCUGAUUUGCAUAUCGGACAAAAAGCAAACUGAACUAGUGGGAAAAUAUUUAGAUUGAAUAUUACAGAGGAAUAUCUAUAUCCAUAAGCUGAAAUAGGGAAGGUUCUGAAACUGCUUUCAUUAAAGGAUUUCAUGAAUAUUUCAAAAAAUACCUGUCAGGGAUGAUGUAAGUGUACUUAAACUUGCCUCAAAGAAAAGGCAUCGACUAGCUUCUCAGUCCUGUCAUUCCAUAAUUUUCCUAGUAGGGCAUACUGAGCUUCGGAUGAUGUUAUCUGUACACAGCUGUAGGAAUAAGGACGGUCUAUCCUUCAGUUAGGUAUCAGAAGCAAUAUUUAAUGUCUAAAUUUGCAUAAAAUUUAUGAACAUAAUAGAACAAGCUGUCUGUGUGAUGAACUUCCUUUGUCGUAAAUUAGAGUUUCAGCACAGGACAGUGUUUUAUAAAGGAAAACAAAAUUAAAUCAGAUAUGCUUUGUUUUGUUUUAUUUUGAAUUCCUGGUUUAGAUAUGUAGCAAUGGAUAUCUAAGCAACUUGCCUGUUCAAUUUCUUCCAAACCAGUCUUUAGUUUCUUCCAGACUGAUUAUUCCAAAACUGAGAAAUACUAAAAUAUUUCACUACUUGAAAUAAAAUUUGGGGUAUUUAGUGUAGGUUUUUACUAAACUGCCUACUAAGAGAAAAAUAAACAUAAAAAAAGUAUUUCCAAUAAUAUAUUCUCAGCUGAUUUGAACAAGGUGUAGUGAUUUUUCAACAGUAUUGUUGCAAAACUAAGUGGAAUGACAGUGCACAGAUAUAUAUGAUUUGUAAAGAUUAUGCUUCCUGCAUUAUAGUCACUAUAUAUGUGUGUGUUGGGGGAGUAUGUGUGUGUAUAUAUAAUGAUAGUUCAAAAUCUGGUAAAUUGCCACUGGAUUUUUUUCUUACAGGAGUAAACUCUUAUCAGUAAAUGCAAAGAGAAAGGUAGAAACACAUUUAUGAUAUUAGAAAAUUAGACUUGUCCCUUAGUGUAGAAUGGAGUUUUGUAUUCAGUAUUUGAAUUCAGCCCCCUCUUCAUGCAUUAUACCCACAAUCAAACAUACAAUUCAGCAUUUGACUUUAAAAAUUUUACCUGCUCAUAGUAGACUUUUUUUUUUUUUUUUUUUCCUUUAAAGUACUAUCAUUCCUCAGGGUAAAAGGUGGAUAAAUAGAUAGUCUUCCUAGGCUGAUAAAUUGUCAUUGCAAUUUUGCAAGGCUGUUAAAUAUUUAUAUGUCUUGUAUGGAGAAAGCUGAUCAUAUCCUGCCAUUGUUCCUUGUUCAAGUCUUGAGUUCUAUGGCAUUGGGACUUUUUAAUUAAAAUCUGUACAAAGGUGUAGGGGCCAAAAUGAGCAUCUUUGAUAUGCAUUUAGUCAUAGCAAUUUGAUUGCAAAGCAUUAGCAUCAGAUCUCUACGAAGAACAGAAGGUUGUUCAUUCUAUUUGAAGUAAAGUAAAAGGCAGCCAGUAAGACUUUAUUAUUAUGUUAUGCUAUGGGAAAUUCUGAAACAAUUAAGUCCAUUGCACUGAUCCCUACAAUCAGAGCUCAAAUUUGUCUUAAAGAACUCCUUCACUUUUUUUGUCUCUAAUCUGCUAAUCUGUCUUGAUAUGAAAUGGAUACAUAUAUACAAACAAAUACACACAUCCAUUAAAAUCCAUUGCUGAGCAUAUGUGUUUUUGUAGAUAUCCUCAUAUGUAAGAAAUGAGCAAGAACUAACUUGGACAGCUUUCUUGAAUUGAAACUGUUUUUGAAGUUGAAUUUGUUAAUAAAGUUCAUGAUAUUGUAUGUUGGCUGAGACAUCAGGAAAAAUGAAGUCUAUGUGGGUGUAGUUCUCCAGAAGGCAAAUGCUUCAUUUAGGAAGCAUCCUGUCAAAAAUGUGUAAAUGUGAGUGCUGGAAAUCUUGCUGAGUCAAGAUGAAACAUACUGUGCUAAAACUUUCUCGUUCUCUGUGUCAGCACUGAUUAAAAUGUCCUCUGGAUGUUAACCACUGUAGUCAUUCUGAAGAUACCAAAAAUGGCAAACAGGGUUCAGAUAAUGUUUACCAAUCUUACCGAAGAGAGAUGAAGACAAAAAGGUGAAUAUGUAUUAGAAUAUUUAUUUAUAUUUUAUAUUAUAUUAUACAGUAGGGAAAAUUCAGUUAAGCCAAGCAAUUAAUGAAACAGUAUGCUUCCAAAUACGUGCAUUUCAAAGAUUAAAGUUCGCCUCAUGAUCAGCUUAAAAGCAUAUUUUGGAUAACUCAUCUUUGAGUUGCACUAAGAACGAAGAGUAAUGUAUUGUAUAACAAUGCCUUAUGAGAACAUGAUAAAGUGAAUGUAACCAUAACAACCUUAAGUUUUAGAAGCCUUGGAUUCAAACAUUCAGGUUGCAAAACUGAACUGUAUUUUAUAUGCAUCAGAGCCUAAUUCCAUUAAAGGCAAUGGUCCAAGCCGCAGUGAUUUGAAGGAGAGCAAAAGGAAGUUCUCAUUUCUUUCAUUAUGCACAUGCAUUUUUAAGCAAGAACAGCUUGCAAUAAAAUUAUUUGACACCAAAAAAAAUGGGAAACUUCACUAGCUCUGCUUUUAAGAAGCUGUGCAAUCAAGUUCUGAAAUUUGGAUGUUGCUAUAUGUCAGUUUAAAACAGACAUCGUUCUAGUGAUUUUAUCUUAAAGCAAAAUAAUGAAAUAUAUUAAAUGACAUCUCUGUUCAAAUUUCCUGAGAAGACCGAAACAAAAAUGCAGUCCUGAAAAGAUAUAUUCAUGUUUUUAAAAUGCAAAUGGACAAAGAAUUAAAAAUUCAUUGAACCAGAGUAUUCUCACACCGCCAAACCUGGUGGUUGAAAAUGUGAACAAAGCAAGCAAAGAAAAUACCAACCCCAACAAGUAAUGUUUCCAAAAGUUUUGCUUUGGAAGGUAACAAAUUUCCUAAUCACAUCAUCUCCUUUCAGGCCUAGACUGAAAGAUGUUUCCUAUCAACUUUUCUGGUCUCACUUUUACUUGGGGUAUAGACAUAGCCUACUGGAGGGUCUCCGUGUGUGGACAGGUGGGGGUAUUCCUGUUCAAUGAGAAUAAAACAGAAAAAAAAAAAAAAAAAAAAAGAGCUAUAUGAACCCUGAUGUCAAAACUAAAUAUUAAUUCCACCUCCAUCACUACAGCUAUUUUACAUAUGUAUCAGAUUAAUUUAGAGCAGGAACUUUACGGGAUGCUGACAGAAGACCAGUGGUGUGGGACUGUUCCACCAUGAAGAAGACAGAGAGUGCUCAGCUUUUCCUAGUCUCACAGAUGACAUUAAUUGGUACUUAAAUAGUGCUUUGUUCAGGAACAUAAAUAUCAUGAAAGAGAAAGAUUUCACCAUGAGAGCAAUAUAUUUGUUGUGGCUUAUGCUAUCUGCAAAAAAAAUGAUGAAUGCAAGCAAACAUUAUCCUGCUCAAACCCCUGAAGAUGAGGCUAAAUGAUGCCCUUGGAGCUCACAGCUAUUCAAUUUUUGUUAGAGGCUUGGUUUGAUUUAUAUUCUGACUGGCAACAAAGAAAGAAGCCAGAGAGUGAGUGCUGGAACUAGAAGAUAGUUAAUUAAUACAGUCUAGGGAGAAAAUGCAGUAUACCUUGUAUUGAUAUAAUUAAACCUCACUGAGCUUCUGGAAAAAAAAAUCUGUUCAAAAAUAAAAUUAAAAAAAUAAGCAACAAAAAACAGCUCCUUGAUACUCCGUGUACACAUCUAAAUUAAAACAGUCACAGCUGAGUUUAAAAAUAGCUGCAGGUGAUAUAUCAUAGUCUUUCUUACACUAUUGCCAGGGGGCAGCGGGGGGCCAGCCCCCAGCACCGGGCACCUCCUGGGGGACAGGGAUGAGCUGGGGCCUGGGGGCAGGGGUUGGGAUCAGGCCCAAUGAGGGGGAUAGAGGUCAGAGAAGCAUAUAGAAACUUACAUUAAGCUUGCUGUGUUUAAAUUUGCUUUUUGAAUUGCUGUUGUCAGGUCUUGUGUUUCAGUCUCAGGUUUAUUUCAUUUUAUGUAGUAAAUCUGAUCCAAGAAGUAGCACUUACACUAGGAAAUAGCAGGAAAUUUACCAUUUUCCUUUUUACCUAACUCAUUUCCAGACCUCCACUGUUCAGCAAUAAAGGUAUGAAAAGUCAUAACAGAAAGUAUUGGAAAUCUGUACGGUGUUUUACUGGGCUGAGGAAAUUUCUUUCCUGUUUCCAUUCUAUGUGGAGUAAGCUGGAAAGCACCAUUCGCACGCAGACUCGUCAGGUUUUUAAUUCUUCGUUUGCAGAGUGAAAUCUACAAACUCACUGAACGCGCUGCUAAUGUGCACAGAUCCAAAACUUUAGGAAAUAUAAAAACAAAAAUCUGUCUUACUUUUCUCAUCCAAAAAAUAACCUUUAGCAGUGGAAAAUGUAUGCAUAGCUGGAAGUUGAAAAAACAUUAAUUUCAAAGUUAGAUUUCUAUUGACUGCUGUUCUGUGUGCUUUAUAUCCUUUAUUAGUAAGCAAAAUAUACUCCAGUGUUACAACAGAUGCCUGUAUCACUAUCCUUAUUUUACUGAAGCAUAACUGAGAAAUUUCAUAAUGCAGUUUAUUGCAGAGGCGGGAAUAGAACCUAGUUCCUAAAUCAAAAUAAUAAGAAAACCCACCACCAACAGUGAUUAUAAUAUAAAAUAAUGUAAGCCCGCAUGGGUGCUACAACACUGAGAUCUCCCCACAUGCAGGUUAAUGAGCUAACUAGCAGUCUAGAGAGCAAUAUGCAAUUUGGUGCCCUUGGUCUCUCUGUCAAAAGAAUAUGUAAUUAUUCUUUGCAAAUGGGACAGCUUCAAAGAGAGCAAUGAAGAGCUCUUCAUCUUUCCACUCAGAACCUAAAUCCUUCUGGAUUUGACGAUUAGGGAGGGCUGGGAAAAG